AUUAAAUUUGUCAUAAAGAACCUAAUUUAUGCAUACUCACAUUAUUUAGACACAACUAUAAUUACCAAUAUUUGCUUGUUUAAUGGCAGGCAAUUAUAUAUAUUACACAAUGAUAACACUUAUGUAUAUAAAACUUAUAAUUAAACUUAAAACCAGCCCUAAUGCUCUGGUAACUGUAUUUAUUCGGUUUGUAUAUACCAAGAUAUAUUGUAUUAACACUUUUUUUCAUAUUUUUUGCUUUUUUAACAAAUAAAACAUAUACUACUAUAUGCCUGCAAAGCAGUUAAACAGAAAAACAUAACACCGGCAUAUUUUAGGGAGUUUUUCUAAUUCUAAUAUCGACAUAAUGUGUGCGCAGUAAAUACGCUAAAAGAUUGCGCAACAAUACACCUUUAUUGAAUAACAAUUACAACCUACAUAUUAUCUGAUACAUAAACAGUUUUGACAUUGUACUUCAUAUUUUCUUUUACUUGGUUCUAAUAAACUGUAGAACGGAUUGCCGCGCUGCAUUCUUUUGUUUAACUAACCGACGAUGCCGGCAUUCUGCGUCGGCAUUGAAGAUGGCGAGUCAGCAUUGAAUCGUUCCAACAAAUAGCGACGAAGAGUUUUUAAUGUUGCUGCUAAGCGUGAAGCGGUGUAAGGCAAACUGAACAGAUCUUUGUAUAAAUUUCGACACCGCGAUCUCACCUAAUAUACUUAUGACCAUUUAUCUAUGUAUUUGUGUUUAUAUAAAGUAGCUUUAUUGUUAGUACUAGACAACAUCCUUUCGUAAGGUAUAUAUGCUUAAAUUAAAAAAAAUACUUACCGGUAACACCCCACUGUGAUUUAUACGUAAAAUAAUAAGUUGAUAACUGUCGUAUUUUUUUAACAGUUUAAAAUCGUUGUCGGAUAUAAUGGCGGUUUCGCACUCUGCCCCUAAAUAACGUUUAAAACUCUCUGGUGGUUUAGAAGUACGACGCGAUGAAGACCUAUAUAUUUUGUGCCUGUAUACAGUGUUUGAUUAGUGAGGAGAAUUGAACUCGCCGGUUAUAGCACACAAGCUAUAGUUAAUCAUUAGGAAGUUUAUAAUCAUUGUGAACCUAUUCAAACAAGAAUGGAGUGUUUAUAAAACUAGAUAGUUUAUCCUGAAGAAGCGUUCCCCUUAAAAAAUUGUACUCUGUGUCCCUUAUUGUUUCCCUCUUGGUUCUGUACUUCUGUAUGUUGUGUGGCUAUAAAACAAUAUGGACUUAAUCGUUCAACGAGUUACAGGAUGGGUCAUAUUGUGGUUUACACUGUAUCGUACUUGUAAAAUUGUCUUCAAUAAGAAACAACCAGAAUACAAUUGUCGAAUUGUAACACUUCUUCAUGCGAUAUGUAUUACUCUGACAUCCUGUUAUUUGACAUUCUUUCAGGGAUCAAAUCCAUACACAGUGUUGGGUUUUCCGAAUACAAGUGCACAAGUUACUUGUCUGACAAUUUCAUUGGGUUACUUUCUUUAUGACUUCAUGUGGUGUCUUUAUUAUCAAACUGAAGGGCCUGUUAUGAUCAUGCAUCAUAUUGUAAGCAUUACAUUCAUGGCAGUUUGUUUAUAUCUUGGUGUAUCUGGGACAGAAACAGUAGCAACAAUAUUUGGAAGUGAGGUUACUUCAAUAUUUUUAAAUAUUCGUUGGUUUUUGAAAUCUCAUGAAAUGUACAACAACGCGAUUGUUGGAUAUACUGUUGACUUCAUAUUUGUUUUGCUUUUCCUAAUUGUACGCAUUGGUGUUGGUGGUACCUUGAUGUACAGUGUAUGGGCUUCAGACCGACCACCUUCAAUGGUGAAAGCUGGUGGUACAAUGUUCUAUUUCAUCAAUUGCAUUUUUCUUGUUCAAAUCAUAUCAUUUUCAAGGUACCGUUUAAAGAAUUGGAGUAAUUCAAGUGCAAUGAAAAAUGGAAUCAAUCAACCUAACUCCACUAAUAUGUUGAAACACAUUGGCACAGCUGAGAACAUCUCGAUAAACGGACAUAAAUUGAAUGGCGCUGCUAAACUCUUACACCAAGAUCAUGUGCUUUUAAAACCAUGUGUCUUUGAUAAUACAAAGUUGUUGACCAAAUGAUAUUUAUUAUAUAUGUAUUAAGUAUAUUUUAUAUGUUUGUACUAUUGUGCCUUUUAUUAUACAGAAUACCCAUUGCUACUUUUUGUUCCUUUUUACAUGCUUUGUUUUAUUCCCAUGUGCACUCGAUUAAUGUAUAACGAUUAUAUUGCGUCAAUGUCCUAAAAACAGUAUGUUUUGAAGCACAAUAUUAAUUUGCUAAUACAAGUCUUUACCACAAGCGCAA